AAAAAAAGUAAUACUUCCGGGUUGUCGCGGGCGGAUAUAGGCGCGAUUCGACACCGCGGGAAAGUUUUUUGUUCUUCCUGUGGCCACAACCUGGGCAAUGCAGGUUUUUUUUUAGCCUGCGACUGAAGACUUGUUAAGUUUUCACGGUAUUUAUUAAUCAUGUCUCAGGCUCUGGUCACAGAUUUCUUCUCCCAGAGCAAGAAAAGGACGGCCAGUUCGGUCAAAUCCAGCGCUGCCGCUUCUCGCGACUCGACCAAAUCGGGAUCAGUCGCCUCUUCAAACAAAGACAUUUUCUCGAAUUCAGCCUCGAGCCAAGUCCGCGAUGAGUUCAUGCGAAUUAUCGACGCGGCAACGAGUUCGUCCAAAGGCGAGUGUGCUCCGAGUAAGAAGCCGAAAGAUCACCGUCUCACUCCUCGGCCACCAUCAAAGCGGACCUCGCGAAACGCACAACUUGGGACAGACGCGAGUUCGGCUUCCGCGCAGCGCAGCGCAACGAAGAAGAGGCGUCAAGUGGACGCCAAAACGACAACAUCGGCCACAAACAAAUGUGUCUUCUCGCACCCUAAACAACAGUCUACAGCUGAGCCAGUGCCCAAUGGAGUUCCUGAGCAGCUUUCAACUUCAGCAGCCUCUUUUCAAAAUCAAACUAGCAUCUCACCACAGAAGGACGCCAUCAAAAGCAAGAAAAAUGGAGGACAGGCUAAACAGACUCAUUGUGGAGAAAAUAUUACAGCCAACAAGUUUCUCCUGAUGAGGAUCAAGAAACAAGUCGAGGAGUUCGGCACUGCUGCAUCAUGUACUUCAAUUUCCACACCAACCGUUUCAUCCUCCAUUGCUAUGUCAAUGUCAGCUGUGGCUCGAGCAAAAGAGCUGGCUGCUAAAGCUAAGAGGACAAAGGAGAAAGACUCUGAGGAUGAAAAGAUACAGAAAGAGACUCCAGCUCAGGAGAGUAUUCAACAGCCAGCAUACCAGCAGUAUCACAAUCUAGCCCAGGAUACUCCCCCAGGCCUCUCCCUGCCUUAUCAGUUCAAGGUACUGGCUGAGAUGUUUAGGAGCAUGGACACAGUGGUUGCCAUGCUGUUCAACCGCUCGGAGACUGCUACCUUCUCCAAGAUAAAAAAAGGAGUGCAGGACAUGAUGCACAAGCGGUUUGAAGAACACCACAUUGGCCAAAUGAAGACAGUUUUUCCUGAGGCUUACACCUUCAGACAGGAAAAGAACAUACCAACAUACAACAACUGUAUUAAGAAGGGCAGCUACCAGCUCACCAUGGAACCUGUCAUUCUUUGUGGCCAAAAAGAAGGUAGACCCAUCUUGACGGCCUCUGAUCUUUUGGCGAGACGACACACCUUCCAUCACAACCUCCUUUCGAUUGUGAAACACCACCACAAGCUUUUCCUCUCCUCGUUAGUACCUCAAGUGUGUGUGCCAGAAGAAAAACUGACCCGCUGGCACCCUAAAUUUAAUGUGGACACUCUACCAGCUGUGCAAGCAAGCUUACUUCCUCAACCUCCUUGCAUUGAUAAACUUAUAUCUGCCCAGGAGGUGUUGGACAAGGCCCAUUCUUUCAUCACACCCAAGAUGGAGAAAGCUCUGGUUUCUCUGGUUCAGAAGACGGGGGAUCAGAAUGCCCAAUGUAAAAAGACGUCUCCACAAAAUCGAAACUGCACGCAAACGGCUUCACCUCGUAUUCCAAAUGCCCUGAAUGGAGUUUCACAGUCCUUGUUAGACAGAAUUCGGGAAAAGGAAGCCCAGAAGCUCCAGGCUGCUAUGACCAGAAGUCCUUCUCAAGAAGGGCGUCUCUUGAUGAUGUCCCGGCUCGGGGAGCUAGCUCGGAUUCUUCGGAAUGUUUUUGUAUCUGAAAAAAAACCUGCUUUAAUUAUGGAAGUCAUUUGUAACCGGAUGGCUGCCAGCUACAGAUCUGAUCUCACUUCAGGGGAAAUGGAGAAGCACAUCCGAUUGCUGGCAGAGCUCAACCCCGACUGGCUCUCCAUACAUCCAAUCAGAAAGGACUUGUACCUUAAAUUGAACAAGCACAUGGACCUCUGUGUAAUUCUGGAUAAAUUAAGCUGUAGCAUCAGAGAAGAGGAAAAACUAAGUGCAAUAUUGUGACUUAAAUCAAGCGCCUGUCACAGUUAACAGUUUGUUUGCUUAAAAACAGUCAAAAGGAGUCUGUGUGCAACACUUCAUGGGAUAUGGCGGUGUUGUAAAGGGAUGUGUAACAGGAAGCAUGUUUUGUUCCCCGGAAUCUGUAAUAUGGUUUCGAAACCAUUUUUCUUGUUUUUAAUAUAUACACAUCACUAUUUUGAAUCGUGGGACAAUAUUAAAUGAACAAAAAAAAAAAAAUUGUCUCCUUUUGUAGCUGUAACAGCUUCUGAAAAAGCUUUUCCCAAGACUUGAGUUUGUGGGGAAUUUCAAUCCGUCCACAAGAACAUUUAAGAGAUACUGGACAGGAACUCCUGGCUUGCUGUCGGAGUCUAGCUUCUCAAGCUCUUCCACACCAAACUCAUCCAACUGUUUAAGGAAGACGUUGCUUUGUGAAUUAAGGUGCAAUCAUGCUGGUGAAACACAAAAUUUUUCUCCUGUGAUCUUUGUGACAGUUUUAUAAAAUACUGUUAAUUUGUGACGUUUCAACAAAGAGACUCAUUAAAAUGCGACUGGAUUGAUUUUGUUCCUCCUGCCCUGCAACGAAGUCCCGAAUACUAACCAUAAAUCACACGUGCGCACCCUGUUGGAGGGUUUACUCUUACAUCGGAGUAAUUCCGCUCAUUUGUUCACAUCAAAUAAUAUGCAAGUAUCAAUUGCUUAAAAGUGUAAAUCACACAAGGCUACUCUAAAAGUCAUCUUGUAUUUGUUGAAUGGUAGUGUGAAAUUAUAUUUUGUUUAAAGAGGGCUGUGUGUACUGGAAAAGAGAUCGGAAUUACCCCCAAAAAAAUUGGUUUGCUCAAUCAGGUCAACCUUUUGAACUCCAUGUUUUUGUUUAAAUCGACAGGUUGUUUUGUCAAUUCUGGAAGAGUAAUAAAAAUGCUUCCUGAG